AGUGUAAUGAUGAAUCAUGCUGUACACCAAUGCGAAGCAGUUUGAGAUUGGUUAUAAAAAAUAGCUUUCUGCCACCACCAUACAGCAUUAUUCAAACAGCUUCAGGACUUUGUGCUGCGUUACCAAAUCCUGAUGGCAAUGACCAAUUCGUAUCCCUACUGUUGAGAGAAUCAAUUCAUAUUAAACCCAAACAUGCAGAGUUUUUAGAAAUGCCUUACGAUUAUUUCUGUCCAUCAGUUACGAAAGAUUUGAUUUAUAGAGUCUGCACCAUCUGUGGAAUAUGUUUUGCCACUAAAAAAUUGCAAAAACUCACAAAGAAGAAAGGCACGGUAAAGCUAAUUCUGCCAUUAAAACCAUUCGACCACGUUCAAUCGUAAAAAAACGCCAGGAAAAAUACUUUUGUCAUAUACAAAGCGAGCCACAGGAUCAACCAGAUAUUGUAGAGUGGAUUGAAGCAUAUAUUUUGGAUGUAACUGAUAUUCCUGUUCCCAAAGACUCUGAUGAUGUAGUCAGUACAUCCACACUUAGUAAAGAAAUUAGAAGAUACUCUCAGGAAAGAAAACUGUAAACGAAAAACGAGAGAUUCAUUACCAAACGAGCCUCCAAACAAAAAGCAGGCAACGAUUGAUAGAUGGGGCACAGGUUCUGCUGAAGUUAUGCAAAAAAUUAUGAAUAAAGCAGUCUUAAAUUAUGUUGUGAAAGAAAUGCAGCCAUUGUCAGUUGUCGAUAAACUAAUUUUAAUAAAUUUAGUACGAUUAGGGUGCCCAAAGAAAGUUUCUGUAAUGUCUUUGACAACAUUAAAAAAUAGAAUCACAGAUACUCAUAAAGAAAUGAAAAGUCAUCUCUGUGAAACACUUGAAAAAGUAAGCGUAGUCUCAGCAGCAGCUGAUUUGUGGUCAAAAGAAAAAAGGAGCUACUCAGGCAUUAAAGUGCACUGGCUUGAUCAAGAAUCUCUAGAAAGAAAAUUUGCGGUUUUAGCGUCUCGCAGAAUUACAAGUAGUCACACUCACGACGUGAUAGCACGAGAAAUAAACGCAGUAUUUUUACAGUAUUAUAUUCAAAAUAAAGUAAGCUAUAUGACAAAUUUUGUCUUGAAAAAAACUGUGAUACUGAAUCUCAGAAACCACAAGAGAGCGAUGGCAGCACUGAAAAUGAGUUCUUCACAUUUGCAGUCCACGAAGGUUUAGAAACUAAUUUUCAAGAAUUUUAUGACAUUCAAAAACUUGUGAAGAGUAAGUCGAAAUUGACUGUGUUUCAUUAAUUCCCAAAGAUGAAAACAUUAUUCAUCAAAUAUAAUACUGCUUUACCAAGUAGUGAUUCGGUAGAAAGAGUAUUUAACACUGCAGGUUUAAUUCUAAAUGAAAAGAGGAACAGACCGAAUGACAAGAUGUUCGAAAUAUUAUU